GUGACGGAAGGGGCGGGGCCCACAGCCAAGGCUGGAAGCUCAGCCCCCACUCAGCCUUUGCAAAUGCUCUAGUGGGAGCAGCUGGCCUCAGGAGAGGGCUUAAAACUCCAGGAGGGCCCGGGCAGGUGCGGACGCGAGGGGAGCGGAGGGGAGACCUCGCCUGGCCUACCUUCCUCCUGCCCUUCUACCAUGUGGCCCUUCCCAAGCCGCUCGCUCUUUCCACCCCCAACUCAGGCCUGGCUCCAGACGGUCUCCUCAGACCCAGAGGCCCAGGGCUGGGGGGCCUGGAACGAGACCAGGGAGACUCUGGGGCCAGAGGGUGGGGCAGGGAAGGAGGAGGAAGACGAGGCAGAGGAAGACCAGGAUGGGGAUGCAGGCUUCCUGUUGUCUCUGCUGGAGCAAGAGAACCUGGCUGAGUGCCCGGUGCCUGACCAGGAGCUGGAGGCCAUCAAGAUGAAGGUGUGCGCCAUGGAGCAGGCCGAGGGGCCGCCAUGGUCUCUGGGAGCACAGCACCAGGCCGAGGAAGAGGAGGGGCUGCCACAGCCUCCGGGAGUGCAGCACCAGGCCGAGGAAGAGGAGGGCACCACGGCCAGGCAGCUGCUGAGCCCUGAGGCCACGGGCUGCCCCCUUCCUGGGACCCCCGAGGAGAAGGUGGAGGCUGACCACAGAUCUGUCUACGUGGGCAACGUGGACUACGGGGGCUCUGCCGAGGAGCUGGAGGCCCACUUCAGUGGCUGCGGGGAGGUCCACCGAGUCACCAUCCUGUGCGACAAGUUCUCUGGACACCCCAAGGGUUACGCCUACAUAGAGUUUGCCACCAAGGGCUCCGUGCAGGCCGCCGUGGAGCUGGACCAGAGCCUCUUCCGGGGCCGGGUCAUCAAGGUGCUGCCGAAAAGAACCAACUUCCCUGGGAUCAGCUCCACAGACCGCGGGGGCCUUCGAGGACACCUAGGCUCCAGGGGGGCACCGUUCCCCCUCAGCAGCCUCCAGGGCAGGCCCCGGCUCAGACCACGAGGGCAGAACCGGUGAGUGGGUGCCUGUGGAGGCAGCCUGGGGACGAGGGCCAUAGUGGGGCGUCGGGGCCUGGGAAUCAGGGGCAGGAGGGGGUCCCUGAGCUUAUUCCUCACGGGGCUGCAGGAAUGUACCUGGCGGGGCCUGGGUGAGGGCUGGGGCUGCUGCAUCAGCUAGGGGGGUGCUUUUUUUUUUUUUGAGACGGAGUCUCGCUCUGCCGCCCAGGCUGGAGUGCAGUGGUGCGAUCUCGGCUCACUG